AUGAGCUUUACAUCUAACUUUGGCAAGGAACACGAGCGUCGUCUCGCCGAAUCCCAUGGCCAAGAAGCACUCAAACAUGCCAUUGCGGCCGCCGAGAUUUACAUGCGCGCAGCCGAAAAAGCCGCCAACCCCAAAGACCGCAACCGCCUACAGCGAAAAUGUAGCGACCUCAUAGCCCUUGGCGAACGACUCAAAGCCAAUGCAAAAUCCGCCGCUACUUCUGCCCGCUCGCCAGUGCCCGAAUCGACGCGGACGCUGACCAUUGCCGAGAAAACUCUUCUCCUAAAAUCGUCCAAGUUGCAUGGCAAUAUCUUUCCACCGUGGGAGAAGACACCAGCUUCGGAUGAGUUUGCCGCCUCAAAGGCAGCCGAUGGGUGCUAUACGGACCAUUCACCCUUUACUCUCUCCCCUGAGCAGCAAGACAUAUUUGCCGGCUGGAAGAGGCCACAUGAGAUUUUCAUGGAUGUGCCGGAACGGGAGGCAGACGUCUUCAUGACUGCGACGGAAAGCAUUGAUCUCGGUCAGGAUUUGGCAACCGAUUGCUCGGUCGUAGCAAGCUUGUGUGCUGCUGUCCGGCAAUUCGGCCCAAGGACAGGCUCGUUGCUUUCCUCUCUCAUGUAUCCUUAUGACGACGACGUCAAGCGACCAGCCGUAUCACAAAAUGGCAAGUACAUCUUCCGCAUGUACUUCAAUGGCUGUUGGCGCAAGGUGCUCAUAGACGACCGUCUUCCGACCUCUUCCUCCGAGCGCACGCUUUAUGUAGUGGACCGACGCAAUCCAUAUCUGAUCUGGCCGGCAUUGAUCGAGAAAGCCUACUUGAAGAUUCGAGGCGGCUAUGACUUUCCUGGCAGCAACUCUGGCACGGACUUACACGCUCUUACCGGUUGGAUUCCAGAGCAAAUAUUUCUUCAAACCGAUGACAUCGAGCUGAAUGAGACAUGGAGCCGUAUCAAGACAGCGUACGAACAAGGCAACGCGCUAGUGACACUCGGUACCGGCAAACUCUCCCGUGAGGAAGAGCGAACCCUUGGCCUGGUUAGAGAGCACGACUACGCAGUACUUGACCUUCGGAACGACGGAAACAACCGACUCUUUCUAGUGAAGAACCCAUGGCGGGACAGCUUGGUAUGGACGGGUGUAGGAUCAACUGCCACCUCGAGCACCGACAGGAGCGGAUCCUCAGAAGAGAGCAUGUCCAACACCUUCUGGAUGACCUUUGAGGAUGUCCUCCAACACUUCGACUCACUCUACGUCAACUGGAGUCCUUCCCUCUUCCGGUUCCGUCAAGACCACCACUUUACAUGGACAAUCCCUCCAAAAGCCGAAGAGCUGGUCUUCACCCAAAACCCACAAUACAGCAUUCUCUCCCACACCGGUAGCCCAGUCUGGGUCCUCCUCAACCGGCACUGGCAAGACUCCGAACUCGACAUCCUCCGCGAACGCAAGCAAGAACACGACUUCCACCAGCCCCUAAAAUCCCUUGGCUACAUGUCCCUCUCCCUCUUUGCCUCCCACCCGCCCGGUACGCGCAUCCCCCUCUCCGAAGGCUCCCACCACGCCCUGCACCAAGGUCCCUACGUCGACAGCCCCAACACGCUCCUCCGCUACUCUCCCACGCCCGGCGUUGCCCAAACCCUCGUUAUUGCUCAAUCCGACCUCCCGCUCCCUUCCUACUCCUUCACCCUCUCCUUCUUCUCUAACUCGCCCUUAACCAUCUCCCCGGCCUCCGACCCGCUUCCCUAUAACGAAACCAUCACGGGGGCCUGGACCCGCCGCACAGCCGGCGGCUCAACGGUCUACCCAUCCUACGUCACCAACCCGCAAUACGCCCUCACGCUCACCCGCCCUUCUCCCUUGUCUCUGGUCCUCAGCACCGAGAGGGCUGACAACCUCCCUGUGCACAUUGCGGUCCUCUACUCCAACGGCGGACAACGCGUCACGGCCGUCGUGGGGCGGGAUCUCAUUUGUUCGAGCGCCGAGUAUCAAAGGGGGUGCACGUUUGCUUCUACGCUGCCUUCUUCCAACACCUCCAACGCCUCCGUGGCAUCCAACAACCACGGACACACCUCCUCCCUCAUCGACCCGGGUACCUACACCAUAGUCCUCUCCACCUACGAGCCCGGGCAAACAGGCCGGUACUCCCUCCGCGUCAGCGCCGCUUGCCCAUUCACUAUCGAGCCGAUCCUAUCGGACGCAGCAGGGCGUUUACGCACGCCCGCUCCCUCGCCUGCCACCUUCCGCCAAGGCGAGGGAAGAGUUCGCGCCCGCGUCGACGUCGCCAGACUCACCCGUGCCAGCGUAUUAGCGCGAUCCGUCAAGACGGGAUCUACUACGCAAAAGACGGCCAUGGUGAGAGUAGCCCUUGAACUAGGUACUAUCGAAGGACGAAAACGAGUAUUAGCCAGCACGGCUUCGGGAGGCGGGGGCGAGUUGGCGGCUAGUCUAAGUAAUCUCAGUCUUUCGGAGAGGCUCGGAGGGAUCGGAGGAAUUGGAGCUGGACAUAUACAUGGCGGGCAGGGUACCACUGAAGGGGAUGGAUACAGCGCCAAGGGGGAGUUUGCGGAUGCUAGUCUAGGUUUAAGAACGAGAGAGGUGGAUUUGGAUCCGGAUGUGAUCAGGGUGUAUGGAGGAUUGUGGUUGGUUGUUGAACAAAUUGGUGGUGGUGGUCAGGGUCAUGUAACUGAGGGGAGUGAUGAUGAUGGUGGUGGUGGUGGUGGUGGUGGUGGUGGUGGUGGCGGCGGAGUGCAUGUUGAAAUUUCGAGUGAUGGGGUAGUGAGUAUUGGGGAGUGGAAGGCUGCUAAUGAGGAUUAA